AUGAAGUUACAACUUGUAGUCCCCUUGAAGCCCGGCGAUGGCAGAAAUAAAGGCGACAAGGGCGUCGAAGAGCUUAACGGCCAGCUGUGGCAUGUAUCAGAACCGCUCGAUAUCAAAGAUGCUCGCAGCGUCAAGUUUCAUUGCAUUUCGUAUGUAUGGGGACAAGGCCGCGAGAGGCCGGGCAGCUUCUUCGACAAUGAGAUAAGUAUCUCGGACAAGACCCGGCCAGCUCUAAUAGCCGCCAUUAGAGCUAUCAAGGCAGCGGGUUUUGAAGCAGAUGGCCCAAUUGAAGAGGCGUUUUGGAUUGAUGCCCUCUGUGUGCCAUAUGCGGAUGGUCCGGAUCGAUAUGGAACUCUUGAAAGGUCAGUUUUUACCGAUAUCCGCUGCGAAAAGAUGGAUAUACUGAUCUUCCGAAGUAUGGGGCACAUCUACAGCGCCGCGGAAUCGGUUAUAAUUAUUAUCCAAGAUCCCGCCUGGAAGAUCAUCCUAGAAGCAUCCUCGGGAUCAACUCCUGAUGCUCUUUCAUACGAUGAUAUGCAAGCGCUAGAGGGAGACAAAUGGAUCACCAGCGUCUGGACAUACCAAGAGCUCGUCAAUGCUCGUAGCAUCCAUUUUGCGCCAAUAUACCCAGAAGGCUAUGACUCCAUCGUAAAAGGCGAAAGGUUCUUCAACUGCACAGGAUAUUCCUUAGACCAGUGGAAAAAGCGUAAUGACAAGACAACUAGCGAAUCACUUAUCGAGUUUCCAACCCUCAACACGUUUGAGGAUACUUUGGCGGAUUUGGCAACCUCCGGGUACCUCGGCCGCUCAGUGUUCCAGGUCUUAGCAAAUAUGGCUUGCCGCACAUACGACCCGUUUUUCCCAGCGAAUAGGUUGCUGGCCUCUCUUGGCGCAUUAACUCAAGAAGUGUCUUGGGGACCUCCAACUAUGUCGUUGUCCGAUCUAUCUGAGAAAGUCAUGGCCACUUGUGAGGCGGACAAUGACUACUCAUUCAUAUACACAACCGACGAAAGAGACGAGACUCCCGGCUUGCAAUGGCGCCCCGACCCGAAGCAAAUCCAAACCGAUCUGUCAAAACCAGUACACUUGAUCCCACUUCUAAGCUGGAGCAGCUGGGGAGAACCAUUCGGCGCGACUCAGACCGGGCACAAGGAUGAUGCAGGAUUCUGGCUUGAUAAUAUGAUUCGACUGCAGCCAUCGGAUGCUCCAGGCGAAGAAGUUGGGCGGUUCCUAGAAAACUGGCUGUACCGACCAAAGGAUCUGACCCAACCCGGGGCGGCUAGCAAGGGAUUCUUCAAGCAUACCGAGAGUGAGAAGCUCAGUUUUGACGAAGCAAUGUUGAAGGCUUUGAAGCAGAUGCGUUUUAGUGGUACUCAGGCACCCGUGAUCUGCGAAGAUGGCUUUUUCUUUUCAUUAAAGCCCCUGGAUGAGCGCCAAGACGUGGAGUUAUUUGCUGCAUCGAGCAUCAGAUGGUUAUUUGGCUCUCCUGGCUUAGUGAGGUGGAAAGAGGGAGACAAGACGAAAUAUUCGACGGGUGUCUUUACAGGGGUCGUGAGACAUGAUCAAGCUAAGGCGAUACUGAUAGUAUGA